AUGGAUCACUAUUUUCCUAAUGAAUUUGGACCAAAGGCUGUCAGCCUGUACCUUGUGGCUUUUUUUCUAGCAUAUAAUACUUUCCGAUGUUUCUACAACUACUUUUUUCACCCGCUGGCUAAGUACCCAGGCCCACUGCUCUGGAGCAUUUCCCGUCUUCCAUACGCAAUAUCUCUGUCUCGCGGUAACCUGGUCCAUGACACUUGGGCCAUUCACACGAAAUAUGGCAAGGUUGUACGAUUAGCACCAGACGAACUAUCCUUCAUCGAUGGCCAAGCAUGGCAUGAUAUCUAUGGAGCGCGAGGUCGUGGACAUUCUGAAUUUACAAAAAACCCCGCUUGGAUUAGACCAGCUCCAAAUGGAGUCUUCUCAAUUCUGGAUUCUUUCGAGGAUGAUCACACAAGGCAAAGGAAGAUCUUGAAUCAUGCCUUCUCUCCAAGCGCCCUGAAAGCUCAAGAGCCGUUCUUGCAGAAAUAUACGGGACUAUUGAUACAAGAAGCUCGAACACGAAGAUUCCUGGAUUUGAAAGACUGGUACAAUUUUACUACCUUUGAUAUUACGGGUGACUUGACAUUUGGACAAUCGUUUGAAUGUCUCGCCAAAGGAAAAUAUCAUCGCUGGGUAUCGUUCCUCUUUGCCCAUCUCAAAGCAUCGUGCCUCCUGGCCAGUAUAACUUUUUACCCGGUAAUUGAUAAGAUUUUAUGGUACUGUAUCCCCAAAUCAGCCUUCAACGAACGUAUAUAUCAUUUUCGCCGUAGUGUGGAAUGGGUGCAAAAACGUCUCAAUCUAGAGACUGGUCGCAAUGACUUCAUGUCAUAUAUCGUUGGCGCUAAUACGAAGAAUACGAUGACCAUGCCGGAAAUAGAAGCAACAGCAGGAACAUUGGUCAUUGCAGGAAGUGAAACUACUUCGACAGUGCUACUUUCAACAACGAGAAACCUAAUGCUGCAGCCUGAGAAGAUGGAAAAGUUGAAGAAAGAGAUUAGAGAGACGUUCUCGGAUGAGUCUGAAAUUACACUAAAGGCUCUCGAGAACCUCCCUUAUCUCACAGCGGUAUUCCAAGAGAAUUUUCGAUAUACUCCGCCAGUGCCGUGCUCCAUACCGCGUACUGUGCCGGAUGGUGGUGACACAAUUGCUGGAGAUAUGUAUCCAGGAGGCACAUUCGUCGGACUUCCUCAAAUCGCUGCAUAUCGCUACGCCGAUCACUUUGCACAUGCCGACCACUUCAUACCAGAGCGCUGGCUGACAUCAACCUCAUCUCCUCUGUUCGAACCAACUACUUCCGAUCCAUACUUCGACAAGGAAACCUUCAAAAAUGAUAACUUCAAGAUUGUGCAACCGUUUAGUGUUGGACCACGAAACUGCAUUGCGCAAGUUUUAGCUCAUGCCGAGAUGAAACUCAUACUAGGCCGUUUGUUGUGGAAUUUUGAUUUCCGCAUUCCGGAAGGAAGGGAAGGAGAAGAUUUUUACAACAAGUUAUGGGUGGAGCAAAAGACAUAUGGCUUGUGGGUGAAGGAGCCAUAUGUUCUAGAAAUGGUUCCUGUUGUGAGAUAG